AUGUCACCUUCCAAUCAGCGUCACUCGCCAUCAUCGCCGCAUCAAGGAAGCAGUUCUGGCAAGAGACCACGACCGGAGGACUUUGACUUGACCUCCGCAGGCAUGCAAGACCUGCAUCAUCACACCGGCCUCGGUGGGAUGGUGACAACACCAAUGGGAGGAAGCUACUCUUCAGGCAGUGGUUUGGCUGGCACGCCACCGCUGCCCAUGACACAUCACCAUCACCUGCCGGACAUGGGACCGCCCUCCAAAAUGAUGCGACGAGACGAAUCGGGGCAGCUCUCGGCUGCCAGCAUGGUUGGACAAGAAGGCAUGCCAAUGCCAGCACCAAGGCCGCGGGGACCGAAGCUCAAGUUUACAGCAGAAGAUGACCAGUUGUUGAUUCUGCUCAAGGAGCAGAAGAACCUAACGUGGAAGCAAAUCGCUGAUUUCUUUCCCGGCCGCUCAUCGGGGACGCUACAAGUACGGUAUUGCACAAAACUCAAAGCGAAAACGACGCUAUGGACAGAUGACAUGGACCAAAAGCUUCGCAACGCAUUACAAGACUACGAAAACGAGAAAUGGAGAAUCAUUGCUCACAAAGUCGGAACCGGGUUCACACCCGCAGCGUGUCGCGAACGUGCCGCCCAGAUUGGUAUCAGCGAUGAGGACUACCACCCACCCAUGUCGCCUGAACCUGGUCCUUCCGAGAGCGGCAUCGUCAUGUACCCGGGGGGAAAUCGACAUCUGCCCUUCCCAGAGAAGCAUCACCAGGGAAUGCCAGAACAAUAA